CAACUUAUUCUUCUCCAGUUUCAGUUUUCCUCCCUCAGUUCCGUUUUUCUCUUUCACCAGUUUCCAUCGUCAUCUCUAAGCUAUCAGUUAUCUUUCCCAGUUUCCAUGUACUUAAAAAUGUGUCCCUCUCCCAAGUUCCAUGUCUCUUUCUUUCAGUUUUUAUUUGUCUUCCCAAAGUUCCCGUUGUUUCUUCACAGUUUAAUUUCUUCCACCCUCAGCCUCUGUUUAUCCUUUCCAAGUUAGCGUUUCUCUUUUCCCAGCUUUUGUUUGUUCUCUUUCAUUUUUUUAAUGUGUUCCUCUCCCACUUUCCGUGGUUUUGCGUCCCAGUCCUUCCCGGUUUCCACACUCCAUGACCUGCCUCUCUCCCAGUUUUCAUGCUUGUCUCCCAUACUCUGCCCUCCGAGUUUCCCUGGUUCUUUCUUUCCUAGAUUCAUUACUUCCUAACUUCCAUUUAUCCCCUCCACAUUAUCAUUUCUCCCGACUUAUGUUCAUUCUGUUCCACUUUCAAUCCAUGUUUCCCUCUCCCAGUUUCCCUGUACGUGUCCCCUUCCCAGUCCUCCCCAGUUUCCACACUCCAAUCCUCGCUGCUGAGAAAAGUUGUUUUGGCUCACAAUGGUUGGCUCGGAGACCAGCUGGCAGAAUCGAUCCUUCCCUUGAAAACAUCAUUUAUUUUACAUCUAGCGAUACCCAGACACCACCACCGCCAUGCCUCGGUUGGGACUUGGCUACGACAUGGACCAGUUUUUGGACCACUGCCGUAUGACCAAGCCACCCUACGAGUGUCCGCACGCCUCCUGUGGUAAGGUGUACCGCAGUCUGGCCGGCAUCCAGCACCACAUGACUACUUUUGACCACGAGAACCCUCCACCCAGUGUGGUCACUCCAAAAUCUGCGCGCAAGAAGAACAUGAAGCGACCCCCGUCCCCGCUGGCCAACCAGGAGCCAGAGCCACCCUCGGUGCCCUACUCCCAUGACAUGAAGACGGUUGAAUUUGAGGUGGAUGGCAAGCUGACCCGACUCUCUGUGUAUGAUCCCAUAGAGAUCUUGUCCAAGGUACAUGAAGACUAUGAGGCCUCCAUGCCCCCUGUGGUGGAAGAGCCGCCCCCUCAGGAACAGGCACGCACCCCCUCCAUCAAGCCCCUCCCCAAGACACCCUCUGGAAAGACUCCCCCAGCAACCAAGACCCAGCCCACUAAAACCCAGCCAGCUAAAACACAACCAGCCAAAACACAACCAGCUAAAACUCAGCCUGCUAAAGCUCAGCCUGCCAAGACCCAACCCACAAAAGCCCCUACUAAGACCACUGCUGCCACCACCAUCACCACCAGUACUACUACAUCCUCCUCCACAUCCUCCUUGUCUUCCUCCUCAUCCUCCUCCAUAUCUUCCACCUCCUCCACUGCUUCUAACUCCUCCACCACCUCGUCCUCCUCAUCCUCUGCUUCACCCAGCACUCCCCUCCCCAAGACUCCUGCACAGAAGACACCUAAGGCUAGAGCCAGUGACAAGGAUCGAGGUGUGGACGUGCAGCGCUACACUAUAGAGGAGAAAAAGACCAACAAGCUCCCUGAGGCGUCCUUCAGGAUCAUCGAAGACUAUUAUAAGAGUCUCCCUGAUGCACCGCCACAACCCUCCAACUAUCACAGGUUCAUUGAGAAGAGCCUGGAGGAGCUGGAUGAGGAGGUGGAGUACGACAUGGAUGAGGAAGACCGUGCGUGGCUGCAGCUCAUGAAUGAGAAGCGGUCUGUAGAUGGACUCCCAGCGGUGGAGAUGGAGAACUUUGAGCUGCUUAUGGACCGGCUGGAGAAGGAGUCGUUCUUCCAGGCGCAGUGUUCGGGACGUGACUCUGGUGUGCCGAUUGACGAAGAUGCCGUGUGCUGCAUAUGUAUGGACGGCGAGUGUCAGAACAGCAAUGUGAUCCUCUUCUGUGAUAUGUGCAACCUGGCUGUGCAUCAGGAGUGCUACGGAGUGCCAUACAUCCCUGAGGGCCAGUGGCUGUGUCGCCGGUGCCUGCAGUCUCCCUCUCGAGCUGUGGACUGUGCCCUGUGUCCCAAUAAAGGAGGCGCCUUCAAGCAGACUGAUGACAGUCGCUGGGCCCAUGUUGUUUGUGCCAUGUGGAUACCUGAAGUGUGCUUUGCUAACACUGUCUUCCUGGAGCCCAUUGACAGCAUUGGUAACAUUCCCUCGGCCCGCUGGAAAUUGACUUGCUACAUCUGCAAGCAGCGUGGAGUGGGUGCCUGCAUCCAGUGCAACAAGGUCAACUGCUACACUGCCUUCCAUGUGACGUGUGCCCAGCAGGCCGGCUUGCACAUGAAGAUUGAUGCCAUGAGGGAAACCAAUGUCAAUGGAACCUCAGUCACAGUGCGGAAAGCUGCUUAUUGUGACAUGCACACACCAGCUGACUCGGAUGCGCGUCCCCAGCUUGACGAGAUCAUGGACUCAGCGAAGAAGGCGGCGGCCAAGGCAGCAUCCAGGCAGAAGAUGAAGAAGGCACGCAAGAUCCUGGCCGAGAAGCGUUCAGCAGCGCCCAUUGUGUCUGUGCCAACUAUACCAGCUGACCGUCUCACCCCCUCCCUCUAUUCUGGUGUUGUCAACUCUGUUCCCGUCAUACCCUGUGAAAAUAUUCAGAAAUUGGCUGCCCUGGUCAACAUGCAGAAGCGCUCCCAGUUCAUGCACCGCUUGCUGGCCUACUGGACCCUUAAGCGACAGUCCCGCAAUGGUGUGCCACUGCUGCGCCGCCUCACCACCUCACAUGCCCGCCGCAGCAACACCACCUCGCGCCCUGUUGAGGAGAAGGCUGUCGGUGUUAAGGACAAGGAGAGAGUCAUGAAUGAGGCGGAGGGUCUGAGAGAGGAGAUCAAGUACUGGCAGCGACUGCGACAGGACCUGGAGAGGGCUAGGCUAUUGUGUGAGCUGAUUAGGAAGAGGGAGAAGACCAAGAGGGAAUUGGUCAAGGCGAAAGCAGAGGAGAAGAAGGUGCAGCUGGCUCCCUUUGUCCACCUGCUGCUGCAAACCAUUGACCAGAUCCAGGAGAAGGACCAGCAGAUGAUCUUUGCUGAACCUGUUGACUUGGUGGAGGUGCACGACUACCUGGACGUGGUGAAGCACCCAAUGGACCUCUCCACCAUGCGGCAAAAGGCUCAGACACAUCAGUACAUGGAUGUGGACCAGUUUGCCAGUGACUUUGAGCUCAUGAUUGAGAAUUGCCUGGUCUACAACGCCAAGGAGACCAUCUUCUAUCGGACAGCUGUCAAGCUGCGCGACCAGGGAGGCGCCAUCAUCCGCCAGCUAAGGAGAAAUGUGGAGGUCAUUGGCUUUGAUAUGGAGACUGGCCUCCUCCUUCCCCACCGUCCCAAGCCACUCCCAGAGAUAUCAGAUAACAAGAUUAUUAAGGAAGUGGAUGAGGCGCUAGCAGCAGAUGCGGAUGAGUGCUGGAGCCUGGAGGAGCGAGAGAAGGCACUGCUGGAGCUGCUGGACAAAGCCAACCUUCUGAGACAUCACGUGGCACGCAUCAAGAGAGUGAAGCUCAUCAGGCGUGAGAUUGGCAUCGUGAGGAGGAAGUUGGCACUGAGUCAGUCCGGGAGCGCAAGUCAGAAGUCCAAUGCUGUGUACUAUGACACAGAUGAUGAGUCAGAGAAGGAGGAUUCAGACAUUGAUGACAGUUCGGUGAUUGACGAUGAGGCUGAACCUGGUGAGCCAAGCCGACCAAGCACCCCACCUGCCCUGGCCUCCCAGCUGGCUGCCUCACACCUGGCCCACACCACUAGCCUCUCCUCUGGGCCUGGUAGGGUGAGUGGCAUGGCUCUCUCUCCCAUGACCACACCCUCCCCACGCAGCCUCCACCACCGCAAGAUUGGCAAAAACACUCCUAAGGAUGACCACACUCAGAAGCGCAUUGACUCCUUCUUCACCCGGAUAACCAAACCAUCACAGAAGAGUGCCCAGGAAUCACAGCCACAGCAGCAGGAGAGCAGUGCUGCUGCUGUGGCUGAUGAGGCAAAGGCUAGCAAACCUGAAGACUCAGCUCAUGAAACACCCAAGAAGCGUGGUCCCGGUCGACCCCCAAAGAGACCACGUACCCUCUCUGGCCCAUGUGCAAGCCCCCCAGCAAAGAAAUUGGAGAGUGAGGCAGGUGAUGCAGCAACCCAGGCCAAGGAGAGCAGUGAGGAUGCCCCAGAAUCAGAGCCGCCCUCAGUGCCCAGUUCACCAUCAGGAGUGAACCGACGCACUUCUGUCCUCUUCACCAAGAAGGCUGGUGCACUGUUCAAGAAGCGCUUCCCUCAGCAGCGUCGUGGUUCUGGAGGCACCAACAGUGACGAAGAGAACCAGCUUCCUGAGACCAAGACAGCACGCCGGAAGAAGGUGACUUCCCCCUUGCAAACCUCCAGACCUGACUCCCUUGGCUUCCCUGAGGGACUACCACUCCUCAACCUCUCGGAUAGUGGAACGCCUCCCACCAAAGACUCCUUCAAGAUGUACCGCCAAGGAGGAGCAGAAAUCCCUCCUGAGACGGACGAAGACACCCACUCAGAAUCCAACUCCAGCCUGAUUGACACUGAGGACGAGACUGCCUCAGAGUCUGACUCGGAGGGUGGUGGCAGUGGCAGCGACUCCAGUGUCGAAGGGGAAUCACCUGGGUCAGGCCAUGCAGGUGACCAGAUCCCCCUGGAGCCCCUGGACCUAGUGUGGGCUAAGUGCCGUGGCUAUCCCUGGUACCCUGCCCUGAUAAUAAAUCCCAAGAUGCCCAAAACUGGUUAUUUCCACAAUGGGGUGCCCAUCCCUGUGCCUCCUGAUGAUGUGCUGGCACUGGCCAAUAACUACCCGUCACCCAUGUACCUUGUGCUCUUCUUUGACAAUAAACGGACCUGGCAGUGGCUGCCACGCUUCAAGCUGGAGCCAUUGGGUGUUGACUCAGCUCUUGACAAAGCAAAGUUGGUGGAGUCCAGGAAGCCGUCGGAGAGGAAGGCAGUGAAAAAGGCAUAUGAGAAGGCCAUCUUGCACCGGUGUCGUGUGACAGGGGAGAACACUGGCCUUAGUGGGGACUCAGAUAAUGAGGAGCCCAGCUGAGGGCCUGACAUGAACAGUAGGCUGUCAGGAGAAGCGGCUAGCCAGGCAGUGCAGGGACAUUCCAAAAUAGGCACUUAAAACACCUCAGUCUGGGAUCACAUCUGGGUCCAGUGGGGCUGCUUAUCUUCUGGGCCUUACCAUUGCAGAUAUUUAUAUUUAUACAAAUAUUUAUACAAGUGUCAUACACCUCAUGUGUAGGUUGAGACUGGAAGCAGCAGCAGUCACGUGUGGCAGGUGUCCUGGUGCAGUGUCCCAUAAAUAAUUCACAUGUACUGAAAUUUCAUGUGUAGCAAGUAGUGUCUUAUGGCAACACUUCCCCCUUUGUCACCACACUGGCUGGUGAUAAUGUAGUGUAGAGGUGUGAGUGAAUCAUUUAAUUUUUUAAGGGGGAAGCUGACAUCAUUAGAGUAAUGACUUUAUGGUGCUUGUGGGUAAUUUUAGAUUAUAUACACAACAUUCAACUUUACUUUCUAUGACUGUAAGACAUUCAUACAUAUUUAAGAGUCUGUCUGUUAGGAGAGUAAUGAGUAAUGUGUUGUAUUGUAUCACGCCUACAAAUUUUACACUGCCACUGACUAGGGCUGUGGCCCUUAUGCAUAGGAAGUAAGAGAGCAAAUAUUAUUAAGUUAGGUGUCAUGUCUCACUGGCUGGCAAGUCACAACACAAGGAAUUGCCAGUCAUAAGUUAGGGAGUCCAUGAAAUACAGGUGAAGUGUGGGAUGGGAAGCAUGGAGAAUGUUCGUAUGUUACCUGAUUGAUUUAAGGACAGAAAUGGAGUUUGAGAAAUACACUAGGCCCUCGUUAUGUGUGUCUUGAGAUGUUAUGAAUGCACUCAUGAUAUCUAUUUCUAAUAGAAAUUCAUUUAAUGCUUAAAAAUUUGAGUGUGAGGUGAUAGAAACAGUGAUUCACUUUCUUAUGAACACCCGUCCCCAUUUACUUUGGAUGUAUACUUUUGUAAUAUUAUUUGAUGCAAGGAUAUGAUAGUUAUGACACAUCAGUGGAAGAUGUUUUCAAUAAAAUAGUCUUAUUUAUGUAGGAUUAAAAGUAAUUCAUAUGAUAUGUUUUCACACUAAGUGCAUCCCCUGAAUAUAAUGAAGAUCUAGUGUAUAUUAGUAAUCUGUUUGUAUGGCUUCUUUGUUACUUGGGUUUAUGGAUGUUAGGCAUAAAAUAUUAGUUACAUUUUUAUUUUAUUUUUUAUUUAUUUAUUUAUUUUAUUUUAUACAUGUGGUGGGUCAGUCAAGAUGGUGACUGAUCCCACAGAGCCUGAUGAAUGCUCAUUCCAUGGUCAUCCCUUGUAGAUGUGUAUCUUUCCAAGGCAGGUCUACACAAUGCAUCCUUGACCAAAUUACAAGAGCAUGAACACAAUACUAACUAGUCAGGCUCUUCAAGUUGAUGGUAAUGUUCAUGUGCAUUCCUGAGAGAGAGAGAGAGAGAGAGAGAGAGAGAGAGAGAGAGAGAGAGAGAGAGAGAGAGAGAGAGAGAGAGAGAGAGAGCCAAAUGUUAUUGAAGGAAGACAAAUUAGUUUAAGCUCUAAAAUGGUGUAAAGGUUGCCACGGAAGCCUUUCUCACCACACCUAGGUAUUGGUGAAGUCUGUAAGGCAACAUGUGUGAAAGCAGUGGUGGUGAGGGGCGGCCUGUGUGCUGCACAGGGAGUUAGUGCUUUAGUGGGCUAUUAGAAAUUUUUUAUGUUUUGCAGGAGGAGCUCAGUGGCUUCUAAGUCCUUAGAUUUAUGGUUUUGUGUUCAUGGGGUGUGAAGCCUCCUUUGUACAAAAGGCAGACUAACUGAAGGUUAUGUAUAUGUGAGAAGGGAAAAAAAGAUGAAGAUGGGUGUGUAUAAGGUAGUGGAUGUGUUCUUAAGGCAAAAGAGACAUUGUGUGUUUGAGGUGAAGAUGUAUGGUUGAAGGAGAGUGCUUGAGGUAUUAUAGAGGUUGUGUCCAUUUUGUGUUCAUAAGGAUAAGUAAAAGUGACUUUGAUAAGGCAGAGAAGAGACUGUUUAAGAAGCAAAGUCCAGGAGCUGCCAAUGUCACCUUUCAGCACCUAGCAUUUUGUACUAUUGUAUGCUAGUCUCUGUGUUUGAGACAGACAUGAUGGCCUUCCUCUGCCAUACCUCAUUCAUAUGUAACUCAUAACUUGUCACCUUUUACCAUGUCAUACAAGCAUGUACUACCUGUCUCAUAUCUACAUGGUGAAUAUAUUGGUGGUAUGCAUGUGGAUGACAAGCUUCUACUCAGGAAAAAUGAGAGCAAGAGUAAAGAUCUGGAUGGUUGGGAACAAAUUCAUGUGAGUGUAGUGAGGGAGUGUGGGAAGUAUGGAGUGCCAGACAGGAAUGAGAGAAGAAUGAAUGACUCCAUUAGCUGUUGUCACCUUCCAGGGAGAUCUGCACAACAGCAUAUCCCUAUCACUCCCAAAGACUGGAACAGCAUGGGGUUAUCAUUUUGCUAAUGUAAUGGGGGUUUGUACUUUUGAGGUCAUAGAAAACUAUAUAUAAAUAUAUCCAAAUAUAUCUAUAUAUGCAUUAUUAUAAUUAUAGAUAUAGCGUGUGCUUACCCAAAUGAGAAUGCAAAUGUUUUACUAUAAUAAGAUUAUAUUUUUUUUAAGCAAACCUAGACAUGUAAGUUUAUGUUCAGAUCAAAUUGAGUCCGUAUAAUGUAUUGGGUAGAAGGUCCCUGUAAUGCUGCCUUAGUAUGACAUUGUGUGUGUGUGUGUGUGUGUGUGUGUUGUGAUGUGGUGUGGUGUGGCAUGUGCACCACACAUAGGAUGGCUGAUGGUGGCUUCCAGGGCAGCAGGAAACUGGUGUUGUAGCUGUCAGUGUGUCACUAGUCACCUGUGUGUGUGUGUGUGUGUGUGUGUGUGUGUGUGUGUGUGUGUGUGUGUGUGUGUGUGUGUGUGUGUGUGUGUGUGUGUGUGUGUGUUUUCAUCUUGCCAAAGUUGGAUUGACUGAGCAUCUUUUUAAUGCUUUAUCUAUAUACAAUUGAGGAUUUUUCCUAAAGCAUUAGUGGCCAGUUCUUAAUAUCAGUUAUUUUGCUAAGCAAUCUGGAUGGCUUGUUUUGGGGAAUAGCCUUUGUUAUGGUCCAACUCAUCUGAAAUCUUUAGUACUACAGCUCUUCUUUGGGUAACUACAUAAUAUUAUGGAUAUUUCAUGCCUGAUGUUUUCCUGUGUGUCAUAUUAAUAACCUGCUAGUUUCAGCAAAUCUCCCUGUGAAAUACUUGUAGCUUUAACUUUUAACUUUUGACACUUAUUACUUAGCUAAUGGUGUUCUUUCCUGAUGGUUUCCACACUUGAUUUGGUAUUGCCAUUUAUAAUUCUCUUGCAAACAGAUUUGUUGGAUCUUCUAAUCAGUAUUAUGCCAAAGCAAAACUUGUGUCACUGCCUGAGUUCAUCAUUAUUGUCUAGAGAUUCUGUAUCACAAUGGAAUGAAGGAAGGAAGCAUAACUAUUUUUGUGUGUAUUAAAUGAAGUCUUCAUGAGGCUCUGAAGUGAUAGCAGUGCUGCUGGUCUAUCAUAGUGCAGCUUGCUUGAAUCAGACACACCACACAAGUAUGGUGUGGUGUUAGAAAGAGCAUUUGUAUUAUCAGCUUCAACUGACGGCUGAGUCAUGGCAGCAUUGAGUGUGUUUUUAACACCAGCAUCUGGCACCCUGAGGUCCUCAGGAGCGCUUAGUGGAAGGCAACACUAACUCUCACCACCAUGUGUGCCUCAUAGUGGCACUGCAGCACUCAUUGUUUUCACUGUGUACAAGUGCAUCAUCUUCACUCAUAUGAACACCUGGUUAGUAAUUAGCUCUUUAGGAAGGCUAAAAAAUUCAUACACUUAUGUACUUGCAGCAAGAUCAUGAGUUCAGGAUUUACUUCAUAAUUAUAAACUUCAAACCUUUACAUGUGUACUGCUGUUUACAACAAGCAAAGCCAGGUGGCUGCAGUGUGUGGUGUGGUGCUGGUGGUGGUCAGGUUGGCAGAACUAUAUUGGCACAGCACACAUUUUGUCUGACAAAAGCAGUCCAGAUCACUGGAGAAAGAUCUGUAGAAUUUGUUACUUAUUAGCUGUCAAAGUGUCUGACACUAUUUUUCUGUACUAAUGACAAUCCAGUAUACUAGAAAACAUUAGAUUCUAAACUUGUACCAAACAAGAAAUCUCACACUGCCCAAUGCAUCACUGCAUUCAUUAUCUAUCCAGUGUGCUGAAGACUGAAGUGAAGACUUGGCCACUUGUGGCAGAUUUGGUAGACCACAGGAACUCGUCUCCUUGCUAGGGGAAUGCUGAGUGAGGUAGAUUUCUUUUGUAUCUUCUAUGCUUGUGUGGAGUCCUACAUCCUUCACUUGGUAAAGUUAUUGCCUUAAACUGUAUACGAUCUCUUAUAUACAGUAGCUCUGCAGUCAAAAUCACAUAGUCCAUGUAUGCAAAUAUUGGUGACUUGUGCUCAAAUACUAGCUACAUUUUUAAGUCAAAUUUCCUUCAUGUAUUUUCAUAUGGAAGACUGUAAUGACAUACAGCCAUGUCAUCAUGAAUGUGUAGUGAGUUGGGAGUCACUGUGGGCCGUGUUCAUCACACACACUCAACAUUCCCAUCUCCCUGCAGUGCAGCAAUCAAGGCUCAGCCAUGUCUCACUGCAGUAGCUAGCUCAUGAUCUGCUUGCCUAUGGGGUGAUGCUCCCCACUGUAGGUAGCCUAGAGAAGCGCUUGUGUAAGAGGUGCUGCUUGAGAAUACAUGUACGGAAUAA